CUCCCUCCCUUCCCUGCCAAGGCCUGGGUGGGGCCGCCAGGCCUGGACUCCCCCUUCGUAAGGCCACACCAGCAACAUCUCUCUGACCCUCUCAGCUCGGCUUAUGACCAUGUGCGCAAGACUCGCGUGGCCAUCAAGAAGAUCAGCCCCUUCGAGCAUCAGACCUACUGCCAGCGCACGCUGCGGGAGAUCCAGAUCUUGCUGCGCUUCCGCCACGAGAACGUCAUCGGCAUCCGAGACAUUCUGCGGGCACCCUCCCUGGAAGCUAUGAGGGAUGUCUACAUUGUACAGGACCUGAUGGAGACAGACCUGUACAAGUUACUCAAAAGCCAGCAGCUGAGCAACGACCACAUCUGCUACUUCCUCUACCAGAUCCUACGGGGCCUCAAGUAUAUCCACUCUGCCAACGUGCUCCACCGGGAUCUAAAGCCCUCCAACUUGCUCAUCAACACCACCUGCGACCUUAAGAUCUGUGAUUUCGGCCUGGCCCGGAUUGCUGAUCCUGAGCAUGACCACACUGGCUUCCUGACAGAGUAUGUGGCCACACGCUGGUACCGAGCGCCAGAGAUCAUGCUUAACUCCAAGGGUUACACCAAGUCCAUCGACAUCUGGUCUGUGGGCUGCAUUCUGGCUGAGAUGCUCUCCAACAGGCCCAUCUUCCCUGGCAAACACUACCUGGACCAGCUCAACCACAUUCUGGGCAUCCUGGGCUCCCCAUCCCAGGAGGACCUGAACUGUAUCAUCAACAUGAAGGCCCGAAAUUACCUACAGUCUCUGCCCUCCAAGACCAAGGUGGCCUGGGCCAAGCUUUUUCCCAAGUCAGACUCCAAAGCCCUUGACCUGCUGGACCGGAUGUUAACCUUUAACCCCAACAAACGGAUUACAGUGGAGGAAGCGCUGGCUCACCCAUACCUGGAGCAGUACUAUGACCCGACGGAUGAGCCCGUGGCUGAAGAGCCCUUCACCUUCGACAUGGAGCUGGAUGAUCUACCCAAAGAGCGGCUGAAAGAGCUCAUCUUCCAGGAGACGGCCCGCUUCCAGCCAGGGGUGCCGGAGGCACCCUGACCUCAACAGGUGUCCCUGCCCCCUGGGGCUUGGUGAGUGCUCCUCACUGCCCACACCCAGACUCACCUGAUACCAGGGUGCCUAGCAUGACUCCACGCAGUCACGGGCUUGCCGGGCACCCAUGAUGCACAUGUGUGGUGGCAACAGAAGGGCCCAGCGCCUGCCCACCUAGUCCGUCAUGUGCCUUCCCCUGUCCUCCAAGCCCAGCUGUCUCCACCUGUCAACACCCUCUAUCCUCUGGCCCCAGUAGCCAUUGCAGACCACUAGAGGUCACUGAAGGCCCCUGUCACCUAUCUGAGGAGCGGAGCCAGAACUUGGCUCUCCCAUUGUGGGUAGAGAAGCAGGUGGAGCCAUGAUUGCUUUGGGAGAAGCCCAGCAGCACCUAGCCUGACCCAGAUGCCAGGCUUUCCCACACCUGCCGCUCAGUCAGCAGUUGACACCUGGGGUGGGGACCCUGCUGGGCCGACCCCACCCACACCCUAUUCCUUCCCUCCUCUGGUCCUGUUGUCUCAGCCAGCUGUGGCCUGAUAGAAAGAAAGCAGACAUACCUGGGCUCAACCCCUAGCUCUGCCACUUAAUAAGAGCUGUGUGACAUUGUGUAAGAUGCCUCACUUCUGUGUGCCUCAGUUUCCUGGAGACAGUUCUAAUAGAGCAAACACUGAUAGAGCCCUAAGCCUUGUUCCCAGAGGUUUACACGUAUUCAUUCAUUUCACCCUUACAAGAGUACCUUGAGAUAGGCACUGUUAUUAUCCCCAUUGACAGAGGAGGACACCAAGACACACCCUACCCACCAGGAGGGUGACAUGAGAGCCAUGGAGGCCAGGGCUCCAUCAGGUCCCUCAUGGGUGCUAACAAUUCCUUUCCUACCUGCUUCUCCUUUAGGUCCUGCCUCCCGCCCGCCACUCCCUUGCUGGACCAUUAGAAAAUGGACACUGCCCAGCCCAGACCCCGGCAGCCCCAGCUGGGGCAGAGGCCGGGCCUGGCCACAUUCAGUCAUUUUGCUCUGGCCACCUGCUUCAGGCAGGCCAAAGCUUCACCCCCCAGGCCUGAGGAGCUCAGGUGGCCCCAAAGCAAGUCUCCCUCUGCUGCUCUGCUGUCAUCUACCCCUGCUGUCCCAGUCUCCGGUAGUUCUGGAAUAGAAGGGUUCUGGCUGCCCGGGGCCUACUGAGGGGCGGGGGUGGGGGCAAGGGGCACUGAGUAGGGACUCAGGACAAGCCUCGCCCCCUCAUCUCAUUAAAACCUCACCCCAUUUUCCCCGAAGGAACAUUUCUAAGUCUCAAGGGCUAGUUAUCUCCAAGGAGCAGGGCCCAGGUUGAAACCCCCACCCCCUCAAAGCUGCCACAUCUAAUGCCCUCGCUGCUUCUGUUUGUGGGUGAGCGGAAGUGGAGGUGCCACCUCCCCAUGCCUUUAUCUAAUAUAUAAAUAUAGAGAUGUGUAUAAGGAU